AGUGGAGCUGGCAGUGUGCGCAGAUCACAGACCUGGACAGAUGUAAACACGCUGUUGGUUUUGAAGCAUGCACAAGGUGCACAUCAGUGCACAUGCAAGCAUGACGAGUGUUGUACGAAUAUCUAGAAAAAUGCAUCUGUAAAAUUGUAGAUAAGAAGUGUUGACUUGCAUCCAUAGUGAUCUCAGCCUGUGAAGAAAAUAUGUGUAUCUUUAUGACAAAUUAUUAAAGCUAUCUGCGCAAUAAUAUGGAUGUGUUAUCUGUUUUUCGCACCUGUAGAAAGAGAGUGUUUGUUGUUGGAUUUGCUAUAGGAGCUGUUCUAGCAUUUCUUUUCUUCAAAACGGAACACAUAUCGUCUGUGAAGGGUAGUUGUCGUCCAGAAAAGAGAAAAUUACCAAAUUAUGGCGAUUGGUUUGCGGGCAAAGGACUUUCUAGGUGGCCUGUGAAUUUUGAUGCUUUUGUUUAUGGAAAACCAGAAGGUGCUACAGAGGCUGCAUUUUUAGAAAAAGAAGUAUCUGUUUUAUGUGCUGUAUUUGUUCGAAAAGUGAAAAAUGCCAGAGCAGUUAAAGACACUUGGGGAAAACAUUGCAAUGCAAUAGUAUUUUUUGGAAUGCAGUUUGAUCAUAGUAUUCCAAUUGUUACCUUUCAGCCAAAGAAUUCAUUUCAUUUCUUGUGUUUAUCCAUCAAUCAUAUCACAAACGAGUAUCAUGAUGUGCAAUGGAUAUUGUUUGUUCAUGAUGAUAUGUUUGUUGUUCCUGAAAAUUUAAGAUAUUAUGUGGCACCUCUGGACUACAACGUGCCAUACUAUUUAGGUCAUCCCUUGACCUUUUGGGGCCAAAUAUACAAUGUAGCAGAAGCAGGGUAUGUACUAAGCAAAGCAUCACUGAAAUCUAUACAAAUGAAAUUUAAUUCUUCGGAAAAAUGUUACAAUGCUGGAAAAUAUUGGAAAAAUGAAGACUUCUAUUUGGGGAAACAUCUUGGAAAUAUGGGCAUUUUUCCAAAAGAUACAAGGGAUGUAGGAGAUCAUAGUCGUUUCCAUGGUAACAAUUUUAAUCAGUUGUUAUUUCCUGGACGUCUGUCCAAACUGUCCAGUUAUUGGAAGAAGAGUUUAUACCCACAAAUUGAAGGAUUUGGCUGCUGCAGUAAUAAGUCCAUUACUUUCCAUGGUGUUGAAGGAGAUAAAUUGUACACCUUAGAAUACCUUGUGCAUCGUUUGCGAGUUUUCAGAAGUCCAUGUAUUGUAGGAAAUAAGCCUGCACCAACUCCAUUUCCUGUUGAGCAAGUGUGGCAGCAGUUUUUGAAAGCUGAAGGAAGAGAAAGCUUUUCCAUUUCUGCCAAAGAGUAUUUUGAGCUUUGGCAAAACAAAAUAUCAGCCCCUGAUGCAUUUAAUGAACGAAUGAGACAAGAACACAUGAAUGAUGUUGAAGCAACAGCUGUUGGAUUUGCAAAUAUGCCUCAUGUUUUAGAAAGUAUGCUGAGUGCAGUUAGAGCUAAUGAUUCAGAUAAUAUUUGAUUUGUAAUCACCUGUUCAAAUCAGUAGUAUAUUAAUCAAAUUUUCUUGAGGUGGAGGGAAGGACUGUGGUUACCUCCUAAGAACACUUUUACCAGGAAAUGAAAUGGUAUUACUAAUUAUUUGAGAAUACUCAUAGUUUUAAGAAAAGAUAUGAUAAUUUAUCCGUCCAUAAAAAUAUGGCUGUGACUUUAUACGUACAUGAAACAAAUGUACUUGUGGGUCUUCCAUUGAGACAGUGAAAGCUAGUUUUGUAUCUGUUUUUAAUGUUAUUGUUAAUUGUAAUUAAAUGUUUCUUUUGGGUGUUUGUAUACUCAAAAAGGAAAAAAGUUGUACAAAUGGAAAGACAAGAUGAAUUUAAACUUUGGUCUCUCAAUAAUCAUUUAGUGGCCUUACCAAUUGUGUCUAGUUUUGGAGCACAAAUAUUUCUGUAGUAGUAGUAUUUCCAAGCAUUAUGUUAGGAAAUAUUGUCUUAUAGUGGCAUGUUCUGUGGUACAAUUUUUUCAUGUAUCAGAAAUUUUCCCUGUAAAGAAUAAUUUAGUCUGUGAACUCUUACAAUUUUUUAUGGCAAUUUUUUACUGUUACCUUUUUUAUAACUUUUGGAAAUAUUUAAAAGAAUCUUUAGCAGUAAAGGAAAGCAAAGACAGGAAAAAAGUUUUUCAAUGGACUUCUUCUCCGUGUUCAUUUUCUGGAACACGCUGUGAAUUUUUGAAGCUCCUAUUGAGGAGAUGUUGAUCUCAUAUAUUGUUUUUAAGAACAAGUGGAAGUGAAACUAAUGUUCUAAUAAACUAGAGUUCUAAAAUCUCUUCAAACUUACGACAAAAUAUUAAUUUUUUAAACAUUUUAUAUACUAGCAAAUAACAUAUGUAAAUUUUGUACAGUUAUUAAAAAAAAUAUAUUGGCUAUUAGAUCCUAAAAAGCCCAUCUUGGAAAACUGAAUAAGAUGUGAUAUAUGAAUCAAGGUUGGAACACUUUUGCAAACUGUUUGUUGUAAAAGGGAUUUUUAAAAUCAAUGCAGAGGAGGUUCUCUACUAUUUUAGGCAACAUCUAAAUAAAGGGUCACAUUCUGCAGAAAAAUUGAAACUCGGCUAAGAAAAC